GGUAUAUAUCAGAGUGAUGAAAAGAUAGUGAAUGCCUUGUUUGAUAGAGACCAGUCUGUAAGAGAAGCUCAGUUAGUUGUGGACUGGCUGGAGAGUUGUGCCCAGGAUGAUUGUGAGAAUUUUGCAGAUAAUAUCAAGUUUUUCUCUGACAGAGCUGUAGGAUAUGAGAAUGCCCGCCAUAGGUUACAGAAUCAACAGACUGGGGUACCAGCUGGUGCAGAGAGAAAUCUUAUUACAGAACUCGACCCUGAUGCACCAAUAAGACAAAACAGGCUUCUAGAUGACCUAGACAAAGAAGAUGAAGAUCGCUUAUUGCAGUAUAUUUUUGUGUGUUUACGAGCAGGGCAACUUGAAAAGGCACAGAAAAUGUGCUCUGACUGUGGUCAGGCAUGGAGGGCAGCUACUUUAGAGGGAUGGAAAUUAUUUCAUGAUCCAAACUUUGAGGGUGUUGGACCAGAAGGUCAGAGACGAGCUGUAAUUGGUAAUCCACACCGAGACAUUUGGAAGACUGUGUGCUGGAAUAUGUCACAAGAUGCAAGAGUUGGUAUUUAUGAGAAGGCAAUUUAUUCAGCAUUAAGUGGUAACCUACGAGGUGUAUUGCCAGUAUGUAAGUCCUGGCUGGACUAUGUGUGGGCAUAUUUCCGUGUGUUUGUUGACCGGAAAGUGGAGGAUGAAAUCAGAUUGAAGACAACAUUGAGCCGAUCUCUAGCCAUUCUACCAGGAGAGUACUGGGAGAAAAAUCUGACAACAAGAUCUGUGUUCAAGGAGAUAGAAGCCAAUGAAGUGAUGCAGAAAGAAUCAAUGGGUCUUUAUCAUCUGAUACAGAAAUAUGUUAUUGUUGGAGACAUUUCUGGAUUAUUGGAUUUACUGUAUGAACGUGUGAGGCAACAAGGACAAGAUGUCUCGUUACAUGCUCUCAGAUUUAUGGCUCAUUUUGUUCUCUUUCUCAGAACCUCCGAGCAAAAUACAAAGGAGGAGUUGUGUAAUUCAAUAUUAGAGUGUUAUGUUGAACGACUGAUCAGAGACAAACAUUAUAAUCUCAUUGCUUACUAUGUAUCAAAGUUACCACUCAAUGCUCAAGUCCAUUGGUAUGCUCUCUUCUUAGAAGGUAUAACUAACAAGGAUGAGCGUCAACAUUACCUGGACCUCGCCGAGGAAGCUGGUCUAGAUCUAGCAGCUGUCACGAAGAAAGUUGUAGAAAAUAUUCGUAUGAAAUCAGAUGUAGACUUUACAUCUAUACAUGAAGCCCAGGAGUCUGUAGACACUGUCAUCUCAGAGGAGGACAGACUUAAGAUAGAAGCUAUAGAUUGGUUAGUGUUUGAUAUUGGCCAGCGUGCUGAAGCUCUCAAACAAGCCAAUGCUGUGAUGAGAACUUUCAUUGCAUUAAAGAAGAUAGAUGCAGCUCGUGCAGUGUUUGAGAAAUUACCACCAGAUUCUGUAGAUGUUGUACAUAGAACCUGGCUGCAACAGACUGGGACAACUAUGUUACCACUAGAAGACAAGAACGCUGUGAGGGAAUAUCUCUGUUUUAAAGCUUAUCUGGAUGCCAUGGAAAGUUUCAAUGAUUGGAUCCAGCACUACCACCAUGGACAACCGACACAACCAGCACCACCGGAGGGUGGAUCAUUCACUGAUAGGGUAGCUUAUGAACACAGAAUGAAACAAUAUGAUCAAGAAAGAGAACGAUGGCACCACAAUUUGCUAAUGCAAACACAGACAACCAAAGAUCAUAUAUACAAUGUGUUACUGUUUGCUGAUGGUGGCUGGAUGGUGGAUCAAGCUGAGGAGGAAGGAGAGGAGAGUAUAGCAGACAGACCAGAUAGUGACCCAUUACGACAUGAACAGAUGGAUUGUCUACGUCACCUUGUACUACCAGGUCUUGUCUUUCUACUACAAACUGUUCUACAUACUAGUGAACAAUAUCAGGAAUGUGUUCGUCUUGCUGACAUCUUAGCAGCUGAGCAAAACAAACUGUACCAGGUGUUUAGACAAGAUGAGUUACAGAGAGUGCUACAUCUUCUACGAGAGUCCUCCUUGAAAUUGUUAGAUCAGGGACGUGGUCCUCUAGGAUAUGAACGUAACUAAUGUUAAAUGUCAGAAUCAAGUUGGACACACUAAUUAACACUAAAUGACACCCUGUUCAAGAACGCCCAAGAAAUGGACGAGAGUGUCACAUAACAUUCUUAUGUAUAUUUGUUUGAAUAUAAACAUUGAUAAAAUCUAUGAAGAAAUUAUGUUUCGUUUUGAAAAUACCAGACAUUUUUGCAUGAUUGAUAGAUAUAUUGACAGAUAUUUACUCAUGCCAUAAAUUUAAUGAGAAAUGCAUUACAGAGUAAAUGUAUUUGCUUGUUUUCUUUCUGAUUUGUAAAGAAAACAAACUUAGUUUCAGUGUUUACACAAAUAAAUAAAUCAUGAAAUCAAAGCUUCAGAUAAUCUGUGUUUGUUUACAUCAUAUGAAAUAAAGAUAUGAAUAAUUU